AUGUUCUCUGCUUGGGCUGUAGCACGGGCGGGCUUCGCCUCUGUGCGACGGGCCAGGCCAAGCCCGCCGCCCUAUGAGCCCCGAAUCAAGCUCCCCGCCGCUGCCGAAGCGGCCAAGGAGGCGCCCGGACUCGCGGAGGACUUGGGCUUCGUGUUCCAAGAGCCCAAGGGAGCGCCCGAGCAAAGGCCCCUGAAUACCUCGGAGGCAGCACUGCAGGCCCAGAUCAGCAACGCGCGGUCCUUGGGCCACCUGCUGGACGUGGUGCGCACGCCGGACCACUUGGAUGCUCUCCAUGCCGCCACGGCGCUGUACAAGCUGGCACGGCUUGGCCCACGCAAGGGGCAGCAGGCCCUGGUGGGUUUGGAGCCGGUGGGCGCGCUGAUCCAACGGCUUGGGGAGCCGGGAGCAGUGGAGCUGGACCCCCAGGCGUCCACGUGCCUCCUGUGGGCGGUGGCGCGCUUGGGGAAGGUGCCGUGGCUGUCGGACUUGGCAAACCACAUGGCCAGGUCAGUGCCCGAUUUUUCGGGUCACCAGCUGGCCACAGCCCUUUACGCGUUGGCGCGGCUGGACACUCACCUGGAGCCUUUGUUGGAAGCUCUGCAUUUGGAGCUCCAGCGACGGCAGAAGGCAAUGGGCCCAGGUGCCACGAGCGCAAUGGACACCAUCCUCAUAGUGGACUCCCUGGCAAAGCUCCAGAUCCGUGAUGAGGCGCUGUUCAGUUCCCUGGCCCAGGCCCUGCGAAACCAUUUGGAUGCCAACGAGCUCGGGGUGCGUGAGGCGCGCCACGCGGCCUCGGCCUUUGCCAGUGCGGGGCUAUUGGACAAGAAGCUGACCCGGAGGCUGCUGGAGUGGUUGACACCGCGCCUGCCCGAGAUCACUGGGGAGGAUUUGGCGGCUUUGGCCUUUUUUCUCUCCAGGGCGGAGGUGGCCGGCUACGCCCACCGGAGCUUCUUCGAGGCUUUGCAACCAGAGGUCAUGGGGCGGGUGCAGCGGGGUGAGCUGGGGGCAAAGGAUGCGGCGAGCUUCAUCGUCAGCCUCUCGCAGGCAGGACUUCUGGAGGCCGAGUUGGUUCAACGCUUGGUGCCCCUGAUCCAGCGGUCGCCGGCAGUCCUCAACGGCCACUUUUUGGCCCUGGUGGUGCCUUGCAUCAGCCCCUUUGCGCAAAGCGUUGACCUCAAAGAGCUCAUGGAGGUCCUUGCAGAGAGGACCAACCAGUUGGCCAUGACGUUGUCCCCUCGCCAGCUGGCGCGUUUGGCCAUUGGCUUCGGGGAGGGCCAAGUGAAAUCCGCCUCACUUUGGCAGUCCUUGGCGCGAGAGGCUUUGUCCAAGAGCCAGGCCUUCUCUGCGCCCGAUGCGCUUCGGCUGCUCACGGGUUUUCACAGCAACGUGCAGAAUCCCAGGGUUUUGAAGACUUUUUGGGCCUUGGUCGCGGAGAAGAAGUCCAAGUACCUGGUGGAAGAGCUGCUGGCGUUGCUGCAACUCUGGCCCCAGCUGCCCCCCGAUCUGCGGACUGAUCCAGAGCUGCCCCGUGAGCUGGUGAAACAGCUGCGGAACCGCUUGGAGAAGGGAAAUCGGGGCUUGACUUGGCAGGCUCCGGCGGCCUUGGGGGUGGAACUUUGGGAGUGGCUGGCCAGCGGCUGCCGGAGCCUGCGGGGCGGCCUGGACCAGCGGCUGCUGAAGGCGCUGAUGGCCCAGCUCCCGCGCCAGCUGGACUCAGAGCACCGGGUGAGGCUGCUGCACGCGCUGUGCCAGGACCCAGAGAUCUUUGGGAAGGUGCGGGAGGAGUUGCAGCAGCAGGAGACUUUGCGAGUAGCGCUGGGAAAGGCCGCAGAGCUGCGGAUGGAUGAGCCUGGCAGCCAAAGAGUUGCUGCCGAGACCGUUUUUCAUUGCGCCCAGCUGGGCGUGGACGAUGCAGCUGUGCGGAAGCUGCUCAGGAGCUUACUGGACCUGCGGUCGCAGGAGGUCGAGCUUCUUGCAAAGGUUUGCUGGGCCUGUGCCGAGCUCCGCAUGCACGCGCGUGAGGCUCGGGAACUGAUGGGCAAGUUAUCGGAGAGCGACCAGACAGGUGAUGCAAUCAGCUGGUUUCGCUUGGCCUGGUCCGCCCUUGCUCUGAGUGAGCCCCGCAUCACGCAGCCACUACUGCACAGGGCAGUGAAUCUUUGUGGAGAGGGCCGCUUAUCACGGGCCUUCUGCGAUGACCGGCCUCUACAACAGUUGGCAUGGCACAGUCAGCAACACUUUGGCGUUGCUGCGUGGUCUACGGAAGUGCUCCAAGCAGGGCCUACAGCCCCCCGUGGGGCCACCGCAGAACCAGGACUGCCAGCACAGACGGAGGCUGAGAAGAUGAUCUCCUCGUUGCUGCAACAGUUGCGAGUGCCCCAUGUGGUUGCCAGAACUGGACAAGUCGGGCUUUAUCGCCUGCCAAUUUGGUUCCCCGACGGCCAGGCGACUUUGGAGCUGGACAUCAGCAGCGACCGCCUGGCCAGCGGCAGCCCCAAUGGCCAAGCCCAAGUGAGGCGCCAGCAGCUGCGAGAGGCAGGGCUCACGGUUCACGUCUUGGACCCAGCCGUGUUGCGCUCGGAAAAGCAACGUCUCCGAGCCGUGGCGGAGGCUGUAGCUCACUCCUGCCCAGAGGCAGAGGCUUGGUUGAAUGCAGGAGUGGCUUGA